AUGGCUAUAGCUUACGGUGAGGUUAUUCUUACCCUUCGACCAUUUAUUCGUCCAAAAGAGUGCCGUGGAGUUACAUCCAUGCUUAAUGGUUUGUUACUACAAGCAGCUCUUGUUGUUGGUGCUAUCCUGGCAAUGCCUCAACUGUUCGGAAAUGGUGAUGAUUGGUGGAAACUGUAUGCAACGGAAUUGGCCAUCACUACGAUUGUCAUGAUUCUCGUAAUAUUCAUCCACGAUACCCCAGGUUACCUUCAUGGCAGUAAUGACGAUCGUAGUGAACGUGCUGUGCGAUUCUAUCACAACAUUAGUGGUGAUGCAUUGCAAUCUACGUUGAAACAGUUGGAUCAGGACACCAUUGAUUUCCAACGAGUCGGGCUUUUCUCUAUAUGGAAAAACCCGAUGGCUCGACUUGGAACUCUUGUCGGUGGAGUAGUUGCAGUUUCAAUGGUCAUGAGUGGAAUAGCAGCCAUAAAUGCUUUUUCGUUUGAAAUACUUCUCUCAACUGGAUUGACCGUUGAACAGGCAUCGUUUGGCAAUAUAGCCGUCUGUUUGAUGAGCGUGUUCGGAAUAUUGUUCUCAGCUCUGAUCGUUGAUCGCUUGGGUCGUCGUGUACUACUUCUUACGACAUAUGGCCUGCUAGCUGUUAAUAAUCUCGUCAUUGCAGGGCUGAUGUACGGUUUCCAGCGGGCUCAGAGCAACUCAUUCGGAUAUCCACUUUUGGCAGCGGUCUGCCUGUUCAAUCUACUAUUUGCCGCAGGACCUGGUCCAGUGGCCUUGUUCAUCACCGCUGAACUUGUCGAUCAGAACUCUCGAGGAGCGGCCUGCACUUGGGUCAAUGUGUUUAUGUGUGCAGUGAGAUCUGUCCUCAUUGCAUGCUAUUUACCUCUGAAGAAUUUCAUUGGCCAGCCCUUGGCGUACUUCUCGUUGUUUUUCUGGCCGAUGGUAAGUGCUGUACUUGGUUUUACCAUGAAAAAUUCCAUAUUCCAUUCUGCAUAA